GCUUUCAUGUCAGCUGUAUAGCAAUGAUACGCAUUUCUUUACAAUUCGCAAUGAGAAUGACUUAAAGUGUAUGUAUUUGUUUUAAAUAGGUAUUUAAUUGGCUUUGGAAGCAUAUGGUGUAAGCCUUAAACCGUUAUUCGAUGGGUAAACUCCAGGAAUAGCGGAGGUUAUGGCAAGUUGUCGUUGUCCUUAUUUCUCAUUCGAAGAUAAUGAUGUUGUUUGAUACAACUCCUUGUUACCACGGCUAAAAUGAUUUCUCGCCGUACUUACAAGGUGACAGUAUGUCUCGCAACAAAGACAAGCAUGAGGGCGCUAACAAUCGCUCGUACCACAUCAUGUCAGAGGCGGAGCGGGCGUCUGGCCGGCGAGGGGGCUGGACCUCUCUUGAGGUAACAGGAGGUGUGCGCGCCCUAGCGCCGCAGCUGUUCCAGCUCACGCACCUCACCGCCCUCUACCUGAACGACAACUCUCUGCAGCGGAUCCCCCCGGACAUCAACCUGCUGGUCAACCUGCACCAGCUGGAUAUAUCGAAUAAUAAGCUGAGGUCGCUGCCGGCGGAGCUGGGCGAUCUUAUACAGCUUAGAGAGCUGCUCCUCCACAACAACUACCUUCGGGUUCUCCCGUACGAGCUGGGCAAGCUGUUCCACCUGCAGAUGCUGGGCCUGCAGGGAAACCCGCUGGGCAAGGAGAUGCUGUCCAUCUACAACGACAGCAACGGCACCACGAAGCUGAGGACGUAUAUGCUCGACAAUUUGCAAGUGACAGCCACGCAGCCCCCGCACAGGCCAUGGAUCCCGCUGACGCGACCCAACCGGACCCGCCCCACAUGUAUAUUCACGGUGAUGUGCUACAACGUGCUGUGCGACAAGUACGCGACGCGGCAGAUGUACGGCUACUGCCCGAGCUGGGCGCUCGAGUGGGACUACCGCAAGAAGGGCAUCCUGGACGAGAUCCGCCACUACGCCGCCGACAUCAUCAGCCUCCAGGAAGUGGAAACAGACCAGUUCUACAACUUCUUCCUGCCGGAGCUGAAGCAGGACGGGUACGACGGCAUCUUCUCGCCCAAGUCGCGCGCCAAGACCAUGGGCGAGAGCGAGAGGAAGUACGUCGACGGGUGCGCCAUCUUCUUCAGAUCCGCCAAGUUCUCCCUAGUGAAGGAGCACCUCAUCGAGUUCAACCAGCUGGCGAUGGCCAACAGCGAGGGCUCGGACAACAUGUUGAACCGCGUCAUGCCCAAGGACAACAUCGGCCUCGCCGCGCUCAUCAAGACCAAGGAGGCCGCCUGGGAGAACGUGGAUAACUUUUCAGGCAUCCCGACCGACUCUUCCAUGCUGGCGCAGCCUAUCCUUGUCUGCACGGCGCACAUACACUGGGACCCCGAGUACUGCGACGUGAAGCUCAUACAGACCAUGAUGCUGAGUAAUGAACUCAGGAGUAUCCUGGAUGAUUCUGGACGGACGCUCAGGAUGCAGGGACAGAGGGAUAAUGUGCAACUGCUACUGUGCGGCGACUUCAACUCGCUGCCUGAUAGUGGUGUAAUAGAGUUCCUGUCAGCGGGCCGCGUGUCCAUCUCUCACCGCGACUUCAAGGAGCUCGGGUACGCGCACGUGCUGCGCCGCAUGCCCGGCUCCGACCACGAGUUCACGCACAACUUCAAACUAGCCAGCGCGUAUAGCGAGGACAUCAUGCCGUAUACCAACUACACGUUCGACUUCAAGGGCAUCAUCGACUACAUCUUCUACUCGAAGCAGACGAUGACGCCGCUGGGGCUGCUGGGGCCGCUGUCGCAGGACUGGUUCCGCGAGCACAAGGUGGUCGGCUGUCCGCACCCGCACAUACCAUCAGACCACUUCCCGCUGCUAGUGGAGCUGGAGAUGUGUCCGACGGCGGGCAACUCCAACGGACUCAUCGGCCGCCGGUAGCACGACCCCGACCGCGCCCGCCGCCGCGCCAAGCACAAGCCCAAGUAGCCACCCCCGCGGCUGCUGACCAGCCUGCAUCGCCCACAGACAUUGAACAUAUGCGUGUAAGAAUAGAAUGCCCGAUGACCUUGAAGAUUAUGUGUGUAAGAAUAGAAUUCGUAAGUUACUGAGGGUGUUAGUGGGAAGGUUUUCUUACCAAUCCGGCGGUAUUGAAUUUGUAUGUGUGGGAGUGAGUGUUUACCGCUAGGUGGCGACUCUUUCGCGCUAUACAAAUUUGACAGUUUUAACUUCCUGAAUGGUGAGAAAGCUCCCACUAGCCCUCUGUAGGGACAAAAUAGUGGAACGACAUGUAAUACUAACUCUCAAUGCUGCGAAAAUGUAUGUAAGUCUCGAUGUUCGACUGUUUUGUCUCCAAUCUGGUAGAUUGGGGACAGAACAGUGGAUGAUAAGUUUUUUAAUGUAUCGUGUAAGAUGGUAAGAUUGUAGUGAGCGUGUUGUACGUAGUGUUCUACGUUGGUUGUCAGGCAACAAGUUGUUUAAUCGGUAUGAAAUGUGAAUGUAGGUUACCUAAAGGAGCGACCAUACCAACGAGAAGCCGAAAAUGGUACGCGUCUGUGUGGUCACACCUUUAUAGUUAGUGGACGGACUUUCUUAGAUUGUGUCGAUCUAUUUUAAAACUAUACUUCCUUUCAAAUAAUAUGACUUAACAUGAGCUUUCAGCGAACGGGACAAACUUUAUAUGAACGUCGUUUUCUCUUCACUGGAUUUAAUCAGUAAAAUAGAAAAUAAUUCACUUAGACCGUAUUGUUAACUAUGUAAAGUCUUUUUUACUCCUGCUCAAUAAGAAAUGAUAGUUUAACAUAUUCUUGCUAUGUAGGAUUUUAAUAGUUUGAACUUAUCUCAUAGAACAAUGACUCAAUGAUGCAUGUAUCUUCGAAUUUUAGGCUAAUCACGAUUAGAAUAUUAGUGUUGUUAGAAUAACUCGUUUACUUUUGACUUAACUUGACAGUACAGUAGUAGUAGUGGUUAACUUUGACUUAACAUUGAGUAUAGUAUUGCAUGGCAUGAUGUUCCAGUGAAAAGAUUACUGACAACGUUUUAUUACGAUGAGAAGUAAAAAGUAUAUUUUUGUAGAUUUCAAUCAGUCUUAAAGGUAUGUGUUUACGAAAUCUGAAUUUACCGUCAUUGAAGUGUUUAGAGACUAGUUUAGCUCGUGGUGUUUGUUUAACUGUGCAAUUUAAUACUACAAUUACUAGUUUGUUUAUUUCAUGUGUUAUCCAAAUGGAUACUGCUUUGAAAAGCAUUCGCAUCCAGUGCUAGUUUGCAAUACUCUGGUUAUUGUGUGUCUCAGAAAGAGUAUCAGCAAAUCGUGCAUUGUAUGCUUAUGGAUACCGCAGUGUCCACUUCGAUAACUAAAUCAAGAAUUAAAUGUUUUAUAGAAUUUGUCAAACCGUAAUUUCUUGGGUCUACUCUCGCAACGGAUAUACGCUUAGUUGUUUCGGAUAAUAAUAUUAAUAGCAUAUACAGUUGAGGAAUGAUGCCACAUGCAAAGUAUAAUAAUGUAAAUAGAUAAUGAACAGAUAAAAUUAUUUUCAUGUAUUUUGAGCGUGAGCGUUUUGCCAAACGUCCAUUUUACGAUUGUUGUUUGUUAGUAUUCGAGAUUCCUCCACUGUAUAUUAUUUAGUUGGUAUUUUAUUCAGAGGAAAUUAUGCAAUGUAUCUGUGUAAUUGUUAACCCGGCUAAGUGGGGUGGGUAGUAAAUUGCUUUAAUUAUUGAAUGUGAUGAACGCCAUUUUAGCUCGGUCGGUUCGUAACUAUGCGUUGUUAAUGAUCAGUGAGACAUUUUUGCUAGUUAUUGUAGUGUAUUUUUUUGUGUUAUUCGAAUUAUUGUUUCGUUAUGAGUUUACUACCCGAACGAACGGUAGUCGAGAGACGUUACAAAAAAUGCUGUAUCAACACUGCCUUUACGAAGAUAACUAUGAGGACAUCACAUUUAUAAAUGCGUGCAAUAAAAUAGACCUUAUUAAGAGAUAAACAUUAAUUUUUGUAAAAUUUUAUCGGGCCUCAUCAAUGUUGAAUAAUUAACAAUUAAGUUUAUCGUAAAUAAAUUAUAACUAGGUAUAUGAUUCGUGGUCAACGUAAGCGCUGUUUCGCAUAAAUAUUCGUGUGUAUUGCGUAUCGUUCAGAUAUGUCAAGCUUUACACAAUUUGAGAAUCGAAUAUACAAAAACCUACAGAAUAACGUUUAGAUGUAGUAGGUGGGUCUCACUGGUCCGGGCGAUGGCUGGUCCAGCAGUAAGGUGGUGUGCCCGAGGGGAGAACAAAGCCGCGGCGGCUCGCGAACCUUAGUCUAUAAUCACCAUCGUGUGUCGCAACAAACGUGUCAGCGAGACAACAUGUGUCCCACUCACCCCUUCGUGUCUGAAAGUGGACACUUGUAGGUUAGUUUAAAUUAAGUCCUGGAUUUUUUACGAAUGAUCUUUGUGGCGGCGCGCCCCGCGCGACACCCCUCGUUAGGUGUAAGUAGAUGUUCUAGCGACAUUUUAGUUUAAUUAAAUUAGGAGCCACAUUGUGAGGUUGUACUCGUAAAUUCCUAAUUUGAAACUCAGUAUUCUGAUUGGUUGGUGAGCCUCAAAAAGUAAUGUUAGACGCAUUUUUUGUUUAGUUUUAGGGUUUUUUAAUUGAUUCGGGGGUGCGGUGCGGGGCGCGGCGCUGGUAGCGGUAGCGGGUAGCAUACUGGCGUAGUACAAAUGUAGAUGUGUUUGUCGGUAUUAGAGUGCACGGUACUUUCGGCAAACUCUUUUAAUUUAAAUUUCACGCCUACAGGCUUUUAUCAUUUUACUAUAUUAUUAUUUAAUGUUUUUCUCGAAGAACUUUUUCAACUAAUACUCAUUAAACUUACUUUUUUGUAUAAAAUAUUGAUUUUGAAGUUACACAGAUAAAAUCAUCUAAUUUCAUUAAAGUUAAUGUUAUAUUUUUAAGCUGACCAAAACAUUCUCAUUUAGUAUACUAAUGUCAUCAACAUAUCAAGUUUUCUAACAGUUUGAACAAAUCUUCUUGCCUAUUUCAAAGAAAUUGAAUAAAAUUUAUUUUUGGUUAUUCUCCAUUAUGCGGGUUUGUUUGAGUAAGAGUUUGCCGAAUGGUCGGCCGCGAGCGCGCGCUCGUUGUGGAACAUUAUCUCAUCGGAAUAUUAGUGAUUUAAAUUGAAAUUAUAUUUAACAAAAAAAACAAAUCGGACCACUACAUAGUUGUAUCUACGCUUAUUUUUCACAGCUCCAAGUUUAUAGAAUUCUAAUUGAUUUCGACUAUUUUUUUAUUCUGUGUAAUAUUAUUUAUAGCAAACUAUAGGUGCUGUUGUAUUUAAUUUUAAUGUUAUUAACGCAAUUGUGAUAGGGAUUCGUCUCUCUUGUAAUCUAUCGAAUGAAUUGUGAAAAAAUUAAGCCAAAUCAUGAAAAGGGUAUAAAUAUUGAAUUACUUUUAGGAUUAAAUGGGACAAAAUGGAUUUUUGUAAUAAUCUUUUACUACUUCGGAAUCAAUUGUUUUCUAAGUACAGAUAGAUUUAAUAUCAUAUCAUGAUACGAUGUUAUAAAAGAUUGUGAAAUUAAAGUAGUUUUUUAAGACACUGGGUUGAGACUUUGAGAACAAAUUUCAUGAGCACAAACUCUUAUAUCUCUGGUUUCUUUUACUGUUAAGUUCUGGCUUCCCGCUAUAACAUUGCAUUUGUUUAUUGCUUAAAUUAUAAAACCAACACUUCCAUUUUGUAUUCAAUUAACUUGCAAGCCACCGAUUGUUCAUAUUGUAUUACGAGUACUGAUAUUCCUGAUGCGACAUUUAGUAGAAUAUGUGUCUCGCUACUAGAUAGAGAUGUCGUUAACGGCAUAUCAAGGCUCCUAAACCUUAUUUAUAACUAUUGGAGUAUUGUUUAAAAUGUGUUUUUAUCUGAAUGAAAACAUUUGUAUGUAUGCACAUUUUAACUCGACAAAUAUUUUACAGAAUAUCUAAGUCCAAACGCAUUGCCUAAUCAACUCACUAAAGCAUAAUUAAGCCACCCAAUUAAUUCCUUAUUACCGUGGACAAGUAUUCAUAUCACAUAAACAUAACCUAUAAAUGAACUAUUGACUAUCUAGCAUGGAUCGCUGUUAUCCUUAUCACAUUUCUUUGUUCAUGGUAUACUCUCAAAUGUGCAUUAAAGUAACUUGUACCUACACGUUUACACUUUAUCUUGUAACACAAGCAAUAUUAAGCAAAAUAAUACCAUAUUUUUAUAUCAAGUUAUAUAACAGUAUCGAUGAACAAGAGAAAGCAGACAGUGACACCAACAGCAGUACUUUUGAGCAAAGCUUUAUCCAAUUAGUAUAAAACUGUAAAGUAACACUCAUGAUCUCUUAUUUUAAUAGAAUUUUGAUGGUCAUUUUACUUAAUAGUGUUAGCAAUAGUAGAGUUUCAAAUAGAUUUUUAUCGAUCGCACGUAAAUUUACAUUCUGUUGUUUUCUUCUUCAUUAUAAUUAAUUGUAUUGAAAGUGAUGCCAUCCAAAUUGAACAUUGCUAGUGUUUGUGAUGCUCUUCACACAGUUUCCCCUUCUCAGGUUCAGUUUGUAAAAUACGCUUAUUUCCUUCUGGAAAUUAUAUAUUGUAUAUGUUUGUAUCAUAUGAUUUAUAUUGUAAAUAAGUUUGUGUUGAUAAUAUUUGUACAACUUCUCGAGCGGGCGAGAUAUACCUGCAACUACUGAAGUGUCGUCCGCUCUUUUGAAUUAAACCAACAAAUUAUAAGACUGCCCAGAAGUUCAGGAUUGUUUAAACAGUUAAUUUUAUAUAUUUUUUUACUUCUUAAUAAAUCUGAGAAGUGCGAACCCUGUGAAUUGCUGUUGAAAUUCUGAUAAUUCGAAUUUGCCACAAGAAGCCUUCGCAUUAUAUCUGUACUGUACAUUUUAUGUUUAUUGUAAAUAUGUAAUUUGCGUAAUACGAUGAAUGUAAACAACGAGCGAGCGUCGUAGAGCUUCUGCGCAGGCGCACACGUGUAAAGCUUCACAUCUCUACACAUUCCAAACAAACGCCCUAUCGAAUAAGCUCAAUAAAAAAGACUGUUUGGGACUUUAAAAUAUCAAUGACAAAUAUUUUCUGAACCACCUUAAACUUGAAUUUAUUAAACACGUUUAAUGAUAAGAUCGCAAUGUUUAACUCACUAGUAUGUAAGAUGAAAUGUUGCUUUAUACAUCACUGUGAUAGAAACAACAAAUAUACCUGAGAGAGACAAGCAUUUGUGAUUUAUACAUUGACUAACUUGUGUACGAUUGAAUUGUAUGUGUUACUCUCAGUACCCACGCAUAAUGUUUGCUGUUGAAUUUGUUAUGAGACUAAUGUGAGAAUUUGAAUUCUUCCAAUAUGUUCCACUAAACUGCCAAUGCAAUUAGUCGCAAUAAUGUUGUUAUGGGUGAAGCAGAAAGCCUAAAUUGCCUUGACAAACUCAUCAGCAAGCCCUGACAUGCACAUCAGAAGUACAAAAGCGUUUGAGCAGAAGCUCGCCGGCCGCCAGUUGCCUGCGCGUGUGUGUGUGUCCGUACUGUGUAUGUGUGUGUGUGAGGCCGCCACGUCUCGCUGUGAUGUUUGUUGACACAUUAUGUAUAUUUGAAUGAAUCAAAUUAUAAGAGAAUAUGAAUUUUA